AUGUGUCAAGAGAAUGAAGCUCAGGAAAAGAUAGAUUUCAAACUCUUCUUUCAGUCCUUGGAGCAAAAAUUUGAACGAAUGGAGAUGAGGUUUGAUGAGAUAAAUGAGAGAAUAGAUAAAGUUGAAUCUAGUUCACAAAGGGGGCAACCACCUAGAGCUCCUACCAUGCAACGAAGAGAGAGGCAUCCACCCAGGUAUGAUUAUGAAGAUGACUAUGGGGAUGACCUAAAUGAUGAUGAUCAUGCCUCUAAUGUCAGUAUAGGCCGAUUUAGGCGUGGGAAUAGAGAUAGAGGAGUUAGACAUGGAGAAAGGAUUGAUAACAACUUGGACAACAUUAAGAUGCAGAUUCCAUCUUUCCAAGGCAAAAACGAUCCAGAAGUUUAUUUGGAGUGGGAGACAAAGGUUGAAAUGGUGUUUGCUUGUCACAACUACUCUGAAUUGAAAAAGGUAAAAUUGGCCACCAUAGAAUUUACUGAUUAUGCUAUUAUUUGGUGGGAUCAACUUAUUUUGAAUAGGAGAAGGAAUCGUGAAAGGCCCAUUGAGACAUGGGAAGAAAUGGAGGCUAUUAUAAGGAGGAGAUUCAUUCCAAGUCACUACUAUAGGGACUUAUUUCAGAAGUUGCAACGCCUUACUCAAGGUUCCAAAAGUGUUGAGGACUACCACAAGGAGAUGGAAAUAGCCAUGAUUCGAGCCAAUGUGGAGGAGGACCGAGAAACUACCAUGGCCAAGUUCCUAGUUGGAUUGAACCGUGAUAUUGCAGAUGUGGUAGAAUUACAACAUUACAUUGAAUUAGAUGGCAUGGUGCACAUGGCCAUUAAAGUGAAGAGACAAUUGAAGAGAAAGGGGUCCACACGAAUUGGGCAAAAUUCAGGCUCUUCAACAUGGAAAUCGAAUUGGAGCAAAAAGGAUGAAAAGCCUAAUUUCAAGCCUAAAGUUGAAACCUCUAACACCAACAAAGAUGGAGGAGUACCACAUAAGGUAAAAUCUGAUACUCUACCUCCUAGAACUAGAGAUAUCAAAUGCUUUAAGUGUUUGGGGACGUGCCAUAUUGCAUCUCAAUGCCCAAACAAGAGAGUAAUGAUUCUGAAAGAUGAUGGUGAUAUUGAGACCGAAGAUGAGUUUGAUAAUAAGUAUGAUAAUGAAUCCAUGCCACCUUUAGAGGAUGCAAGUGGCAUUGAGUACCCGGUUGAUGGGGAGCUCUUGGUGGCAAGGAGAGCUCUUAGUGUGCAAGUCAAAACUGAUGCGAAAGAGCAACGUGAGAACAUUUUUCAUACUAGAUGCCAUGUCAAUGAUAAGGUAUGUAGCAUGAUUAUUGAUGGGGGCAGCUGUACUAAUGUAGCUAGCACUAGCUUGGUUGAAAAGUUGAAUUUGAUGACUUUGAAGCAUCCUAGGCCGUAUAAGCUACAAUGGUUGAAUGAUUGUGGAGAAUUUAAAGUAACCAAACAGGUGUUUGUUUCAUUCUCAAUUGGGAGGUAUACAGAUGAAGUUUUGUGUGACGUGGUGCCAAUUCAUGCCGGCCAUAUUCUUUUGGGGCGACCAUGGCAGUUUGAUAGGUGUGAAUUCAAUGAUGUAUUCCCUGAAGAGCUACCUAUUGGCUUACCACCAAUAAGGGGAAUCGAGCAUCACAUUGAUUUCAUACCUGGAGCAUCAAUUCCAAAUAGACCAGCCUAUAGAAGCAAUCCCGAGGAGACCAAGGAACUUCAAAGGCAGGUUAGUGAGCUCAUGGAAAAAGGGUAUGUGCGUGAGAGCAUGAGUCCUUGUGCAGUUCUAGUAUUGCUUGUGCCUAAGAAAGAUGGUUCAUGGAGGAUGCUUGUAUUCCUUGGUUUUGUUGUUAGUGCUAAAGGAAUUGAGGUAGAUGAAGAAAAGGUUAAGGCAAUCCAAGAUUGGCCAACACCUACAAGUGUAGGGAAUGUGAGAAGUUUCCAUGGUUUGGCUAGCUUUUAUAGGAGAUUUGUGAAAGAUUUUAGUAGCCUAGCUGCACCUUUGACUAAAGUUAUUAAAAAGCAUGUAGGUUUUAAGUGGGGUAAUGAACAAGAAAAGGCAUUUAGCUUGCUUAAGGAAAAACUAACUAAUGCUCCUUUGCUUGCUUUACCUAACUUUGCUAAAACCUUUGAAAUUGAAUGUGAUGCUUCAGGAAUAGGUAUUGGAGCUGUUCUAAUGCAGGAAGGACGUCCCAUUGCUUAUUUUAGUGAGAAGCUAAGUGGGGCAACCUUAAAUUACCCUACAUAUGAUAAAGAGAUGUAUGCAUUGAUUAGGGCAUUGGAAACUUGGCAGCACUAUCUUUGGCCGAAGGAGUUUGUGAUUCAUACGGAUCAUGAAUCUCUAAAGCAUAUAAAGGGGCAACACAAGCUAAACAAGCGACAUGCCAAGUGGGUGGAGUUCAUUGAAACAUUUCCUUAUGUGAUAAAAUACAAGCAAGGUAAGGAAAAUAUUGUAACUGAUGCUUUGUCUCGAAGGCAUAAUGGUUUUUUAUUUAGAGAAAGUAAGUUAUGUGUGCCUAAAUGUUCUUUGCGAGAAUUGCUUAUUCGAGAAGCUCAUGGUGGUGGUUUGAUGGGACAUUUUGGUAUAACUAAGACUUUGGAUGUUUUGCAUGAACACUUCUUUUGGCCACAUAUGAAACGUGAUGUCAAAAGAAUUUGUGAGAAGUGUGUCACUUGUAGACAAGCUAAGUCUAAGGUUAAGCCUCAUGGUUUAUAUACUCCUUUGCCUAUACCUAGUGAACCCUGGAUUGAUAUCUCUAUGGAUUUUGUGUUGGGUUUACCUAGGUCAAAAAGGGGUCGGGAUUCCAUAUAUGUGGUCGUUGAUAGGUUUUCUAAAAUGGCACAUUUCAUUCCAUGUCACAAAACAGAUGAUGCCUCACAUAUUGCUGACUUGUUUUUCAGGGAGGUUGUACGAUUGCAUGGCAUGCCAAAGAGUAUUGUCUCAGACAGGGAUGCAAAGUUCUUAAGUUAUUUUUGGAAGACUUUAUGGGGUAAGAUAGGAACUAAACUUUUAUUUUCUACUACUUGUCAUCCACAGACUGAUGGUCAAACUGAAGUAGUUAAUAGAACUUUAUCUACUUUGUUGCGUGCUAUAAUACAAAAGAAUUUGAAAACAUGGGAAGAAUGUUUGCCGCAUGUAGAGUUUGCAUAUAAUAGGAGUGUGCAUUUAGCAACUAAGUUUUCACCUUUUGAAGUGGUUUAUGGUUUUAAUCCAUUAACUCCUUUGGAUUUAACUCCUUUACCUAUGGCUGAGCGUCCGGGUGAUUGGGUUUGGUUGCAUAUGCGGAAAGAACGUUUUCCCAUUCAAAGGCGUGCGAAACUGCGUCCAUGGGGAGAUGGACCAUUUCAAGUACUUGAAAGGAUCAAUGAUAAUGCUUACAAGUUAGACCUCCCAGGUGACGAUUUGAGGACAAAUCCUUUUCAAGAGAGGGGGAAUGAUGCAAGUCACAUAGCUAAAACCCCAAAAGACCCGUUAAGCAUCCAUGGGGGUCCAAUGACAAGGACACGAACAAGGAAAAUUACGGGAGCAUUAAAUGGACUAAUUGAACACAUCUCAAAUUCAAGCAUCGUUCAAGAUUCUAAUAUGCCCAAAUUAAGUGUUCAAGAUAGUUAA